AUGGCCCGUCUGUCUCUGUCUGUCGUCUUUGCGCUUUUGUCAUGGCGGGCAAUCGCUGCUCCGACGCCGCUUGAGAAGAGAGCUGUCAGCGCCGACCUGCUUGCCAAGUUCAAUCUGUUCGAGCAGUAUUCUGCUGCAUCGUAUUGCGCCCAGAACAACAACUCGACGGGCACCGAAGUCUCGUGCGAAGCCGGCAAUUGCCCGUUGGUGGAUGCCGCAACCACCAACACCGUCGUCGAAUUCGAAGACUCCGCCGUUACCGAUACGACGGGUUUUGUAGCCACCGACUCUACCAAUCGACUGAUCGUUGUGUCUUUCCGUGGCUCGAGAUCUAUUCAGAAUUGGAUUGCAAACUUCGAUUUCGGGACAACGGCAACCACCAUUUGCUCCGGCUGCCCCGCACACUCGGGCUUCUGGAACUCGUGGCAAGAAGCCCGCAGUUAUGUCGUUGCCGCUGUAGAAUCGGCCAGAGCGGCCAAUCCCAGUUAUCAGAUUGUUGCCACCGGUCACAGCCUGGGAGGUGCGGUGGCCACUUUAGCUGCGGCGGACCUACGAAACAGUGGUUACAAUGUAGUCUUGUACACUUACGGGGCUCCUCGUAUCGGACCGGCCGCUCUGUCGGACUAUAUCACGGCUCAGGGCAACAACUACCGCGUCACGCAUCUCAAUGACCCCGUUCCCCGCCUACCGACUCUCAACAUGGGCUACGUGCACGUCUCUCCCGAGUACUACAUCAGCAGUGCCAACAAUGCUGCGGUGACUACCAACGACAUCACCACUUACGAGGGCAACUCCAACCUAUCCGGCAAUGCUAAAUGGGGUUUGAACGUGGACGUUAACGCCCAUCUCUGGUACUUUAACGAGAUUGCUGCAUGCGAAUGA